AUAAAAUGCAUACAAUUAUCUUUGUAAUAGAAGUCACUUAGAUAUGGUCGACGUUAAUUUGUUGGUGCAUAAUUUUAUACACCGCCUAAAGUGAUUCUAAAACCCUAACAAUUGUGUAUUAUUUAUGUUAUACUUUGUUGUGAGAACACUUGCAUCCGGCGCGACAGGCUGUCUCACCUCCACUUCCACUUUCACCCAACUGAAGACUAAACGAAAAAAACAGUAGGCUCGUAAACGGGCGCUGUACAACAAUAACAACAUUUUAUGACGGUCACAUAAUAACAUCGAAAACACCCACCACCCACCACCCAACACCGCCCACAAACGACCGAAGGCGUGAAAGGGGAUGCAAAUUACGUGGCGCAUGAAGCGUCAAAGCGUUUGAUUUGAUUGUCAGCGGCAGAAGAGAGUUUACACCUCCCACCCUCCCAUCCACUGCGCAACGAGUUCGGCUCUCGAGCAGAUUGAUUGAUUGACAGAUUGGCCAGGGUUCGAAGGUCAGGCAAAUCCUUCGGCCGAGCGAUGAACAAGAAGUCGCCCCUGCCGCUGGCGGCAUUUCUUGGCGGUGAUGGAAGCGGCGGCAGUGGAAAUUGUGCCGCCAGCGGCAGCAACAAUGUUGCAGCAACGGCGGCAGCGGCAGCGAAUGGUUCCGGCGGACGCGGCGGUCGGCAGGCGUCGACGGGGGGCGGGACGUCGGGCGGCGGCAGUGGCGCCUCCAAGUCGGAGAAGCAGGCGGGACGGGAGGCGAGUGGCGGCGGCGGCGGCGGGAGCCUGUGCGGCUGCCAAAAGGCGCCCAAAUCGCACUGCAUAUCAGCAACAGGCGUGCUUUUGUUGGUGCUGCUCUACACCGCCAUGGGCUCAAUUGUCUUUGUGACCCUCGAGGGCGAAUUGGAGGAUGGUGGCACCCUGGAAACCGCGGUGGCUGCCUCCAAACCCUAUCCCCGCACCGAAAUGGCCAACGCCGACAUACGAUCCAGGACUGUGGAUCGUUUGUGGUCGAUAACGGAGGACCUGAAUAUAUUGUACAAGGAGAACUGGACUCGCCUCGCCGCCCAGGAGGUGCAGCUUUUCCAGGACACUUUGCUGCGAGCGGUGCGCCAGUCAAAGGUUUAUCCCCCCGGCGGCAUUCAGUUGAAUGCGCCCACACACAAAUGGACCUACGCCUCGGCCUUUCUCUACUCCCUGACAUUAAUUACGACGAUAGGCUAUGGCGGCAUCUCACCGCGGACGCAGUGGGGCCGGGUGGCGGCCCUCGUGUACGCCCUGUUCGGCAUUCCCAUCGUGCUGCUCUACCUGUCCGCCAUGGGCGAGGCCCUCUCGGCGGGGAUGCGUUGCCUGUUCCGGCGCCAGAGGGUCAAGGGCGGUCCGGGCGGGGUCGGUCCGGGCGGCGGCGUUGGAGGAGUCGCCGGCGGCGUGGGUUCCGGUGUCGGCGGCGUCGGCUCCAAUGGACGGAAAACGGACAAGACCAAGGGCCAGGGGCACUAUGGCCACCAGAAGCUGCAUCAAUACGGCCUGCCGCCGUCGGUUUACCAGCAGCAGGCACAGCAGCAGCAGGCGCAACAGCAGCAGGCGCAACAGCAGCAGGCACAGCAGCAGCAGCAGCAGACGCAGCAGCAGCAGCAGACGCAGCAGGGCAAGAAAUCCUCGGGCAACCGACGUGGCUCACCCAGUGUGCCCAUCUCCAUAUGCGUGUGCGUGCUCCUCUGCUACGUGAGCAGCGGGGCCAUCCUGUUCCACAAGCUGCAGAACUGGAGUGUCCUGGAGUCGCUCUACUUCUGCUUCACCUCGCUGGGCACCAUUGGCUUCGGCGAGAUGGCGCCCAACGGGGCGCUGGCCCUUUACACGGCCUCCGCCUACAUCCUGGUGGGCAUGGCCGUGGUGGCCAUGUGCUUCAGCCUCAUCCAGACGGAGAUUGUCCUCUGGCUGCGCCGCUUCAGUGUCCAGGAUCAUGUGAUGCCCAAGGCCGAGGAGCUGGCCCUCGUCACCGUGGCCGUCACCCCCAAACCCUCCUGACAGCGACCCAGUGCGGAUCCCAGUUUGGGUUUGGGUGUGGGCGUCGGUCUUGGACAGCCACAAAACAAUUUGGGCCAGCACCAGACCAUGUUCUUUGGACCCGCGCACACACUCACGCAAUACAGCUCGCUGCCGCGAAGGAGUCAUUUGCAGGCGGGAGCCCACAUGUCCGGCGGCGGCGGCGGCGGCGGAGGAGGAGGAUCCGCCUUCCAGCGGAACACGCCUAUCCGGCGAUCGACUGGCAUACCGGAGCACCAUCUGGAGUACUUUGUGCCGCGCAGCAUCAGUGAGUUCAAUCUGUCGGGGGUGGGCGAUCUGGCCCUGCCGCCACCACGCCGAUUUUCACCCAAUAUGGUGGGUGGCAUGAACAUGGGUGGUGGCAUGGGCAUGCCCAUGAAUAUGGGUGCUGGCAUGGGCAUGGGCAUGGGCAUGAAUAUGGGUGCUGGCAUGGGCAUGGGUCUGCCGCAUGGCCUUCAGUUGGGACCGCCGCAGACGCUUCUCUGCUCGGCCACGCCCACCGUGCAGCAACAGCAGCAGCAGCAGCAGCCGCCUCCGCCGCCGGCGCAGUUGCAAAUAGUGACCCUAAAGCCGCGCAGCGAGAAGAUGGUGACCUUCGAGGAUGAAUCAAAGCAGGCAGUUGGAGGAGUAGGAGGAGGAGUAGGAGUAGGAGGAGGAGUAGGAGGAGGAGGAGGAGGAGGAGGAGCGUCCGGUUCCGGAACCCCACCGCAUUGUCCGCACGGAGUGCCCACAACUCCGCGAAAAUCACCAGCGGUAGUGGGCGAUAUGUUCAUGUGACCAGGAGCCCAGGACGAGGCGGCCCAAUUGGAUGCGGCCAUGCGAUUGCGCGACAGCAUCGAUGAUGCACUGUGUCCAAAAGCUGGACCGGCGCCAGGUGAAGUGAUACGCGUCUAAAAAUAAAAUUACAUAAAACGAAACUCCUACACAAAAAAAAAAAAGUACACACUGUAAGUAAAUGCACACAU